UGCAAACCAAGUGUCACCAUGAAUCUGUGAUCACUGGUUUGAAGAUAAAUUAUAACUCUCCCAGACACAUUUAUUUUUCCUUAGUUUUGGAUAAACCUUCAUUUCUUACAGGGCAUGUAUAAUUUUUAAUCCAGAUGCUGCCUGAUCUGUGAAAAUUGCUCUUGAAUGGAACUGAUACAUCAGUGAACACCCACUAGAUGACUGCUGCCUCUUUUACCAGGCACCUUUCUGAAGCAUAAAGCAUGACAGAGCUCCAUGAAGCUGUGGCUUUGGGGGACUAUGACCUAGUGGAUGAGAUUCUGAGGUCAGGACGCUGUGACCCAAAUCACAAGGAUGUUGACUGGCAUGACAGGACGCCACUGCACUGGGCUGCUGCUGAAGGGCGAUCGGAGCUGGUCAAACUCCUUGUGGCUCAUGGUGCCCGCCAUUGCCUGCGGAGCGAUGUGGGCUGGACCCCAGCUCACUUUGCUGCUGAGUCGGGGAGGCUGGGGGUGCUUCGCACUCUUCAUUCCCUGCACGCUGCCAUGGAUGCGGCUGACCUUUUUGGCGACACACCCAAGAGGCUUGCGGAAAUCUAUGGUCACCAAGACUGCUCCAAGUUCUUAGAAAUAGCAGAAGUAGAAAGCAGAAACUAUUGCAGGACAGCCAUAAUGAAAGGAAUCCCCUUAGACCAGAGAGAUGAAGACUGGGAACUCAAGAAAGAAGAGCUUGAAAGAAACCCACCAUGUUCUUGGGAGAAUUCUACAUCCUCCACUCAAAAGAAAAAUCAGAAAAAAAGGAGGAAGCAGGAGUGUCCCCUCCCUGUUUGGUGCCGUGGACAGCCUGCAGUGAAAGGUGAAGAGAUGCAUCAGUAGGGUGAAAUAUGGACGAGCAGGAGAAGCAGAUGGCUACAAGAGCGUGCCUUUGUGAUGUACUGUUAUUAGCACCUGUCUGUUUGUCUAUAUGUAUCAGAUUUGAAAUAUCUCAACAUUUCUGAAGAUGUUUAAAUAUGUUAAUACUAUAAGACACAGCAAUGUCUAAAUUGCAAGAAAUAACAAUUACCUAAAUUGUCUGAGACAGAAUUGGUUUUAUUGUUGAUUGAUUAAUGAAAGCAUCUGGGACUGUGGUUCUGCUCUGCUGACGUCUGUG